AUGGCUUCCCUCCGCGGCACCGCGCUGCCAGCCUGCCUGGCCAUCGCGCUCGGGCUCUACCUCCUGCCGAGCGCCUUCGUGGCGCCCGCGCCCACGGCUCGUCCGGCCGCCUCGGUGGCCACCGCGCGGGGGCAGGUGGCCCUCGCCGCGCGCGGCGGCGGCGAGUACGAUGUCAGUGAUGCCGACAUCCAGGCAUUCUACGACGAGACGAUUUCGGGCAACGGCGGCGACCCCCCGAAGGGUACGAUCGCGGCGGAGCUCAUCGUCAAGCACUUCCACGGGGUGUGGGACGAGAGGGGCACGUUCACCCGCUACAGCGGCCAGUGGAAGGGCCCUCCCCCUGGGGGGAUCGGCAAGAGGGACAUCGCCGUCGGCAUUGCGGGCCUGAAGGAGCAGAUGAAGCUGGGCAAGCACGUCGUCAAGGGCGGCCCCGGGAGCGACGAGACCCAGAAGGUGAUUGACGACGGAAAGGGUUGGGUCUGGCUGGCCGCAGACAUGAGCCCUGGCGGCCUGGCGGUGCAGCUGUACACCUCCGUGCCGUACGGCAAGCGCCCGCUGCUGGUUGCCAAGCGCUCUGACGUGGACACCAUGUUCGAGAAGGUGAACUGGGACCUCAUGGACAAGCGCAUUGACACCACCAUGGGCGGGCCCCAGGUGAAGCAGCGGUAG